AUGUCCCGCAUGAAUGAUGAACUGUCGCCCUUAUCGUCCGGAAUCGACAGUGUCACCCCUUUCCCUCAAUUAGAAGAUGAUGUUGGUCUCGCAACACUAACUCCCAACGACGACGAUGAAGCGCUACACAUGAAAGCUACGCCUCGGCGUAAUCGCGCUGGCACAACCCAUUCUGUGAUACGCGCAAGCCCUUCACCAAGUGUACCGAAAAGUGAAUCACAAUCGCCAACGGAAUUGUCGGACGAUACGAGAAAUCCCAAUGCUGAGCAGAUCCUAUCGCCCAGCAUAGAGAUCCAAGAAGAUUCAGAGGAUGCCGAGUUCCAGUCACAAUACUACGUGGAAAAUGAGUCAUUAGAGGGUGCCGAAGAUCUAUCGCUAGGCUCUACCGGCGAGGAGUUCAAUGACGAUGACGAUGAGCUACAAGAUCUAAGCAGCGACGAGGAUGGUGACGACGACUCUCAUGAAAGGGGUAGCCAUAGCGUCAAUAUGCAUCGACCAUUCAUGCAAUCCACAUCUUCGCUAACAGGUCCUAAUGCAUUUGCGCCGCCCUUCUAUAAUCGACCGCCGACACCCCUUCCUCCUUCGCCGUCUUUGACCUCGUUGUUGCGACCACCGUUCUCCACGACGACGUCGAGGCCUACUACCCCUGAUACCUCUGAUGCGGAGACACCAAAUGAUACGGAAGCUGCAGUCGCGAAAUCCGCGAGAAUCGCGACAACGGUUCCCAGGGCGAGUCCGAAGGUGCCAACGUAUGAAUAUUAUGGCUUCGUGCUCUACCUUACGUCUUCUUUCGCAUUCUUGAUGUACCUGUUAUGGUCAUACCUUCCGUCCCCCUUUCUUCAUCAACUUGGCAUCUACUAUUACCCAAACCGAUGGUGGUCGCUUGCCAUUCCUGCAUGGCUCGUCAUGUUUCUCGUUUACAUAUACGUUGCUCUUGCAUGCUACAAUACCGGUUACUUGACACUUCCGAUGACAUCGAUUGAAAACAUUGUGGAUGAAGCAGCUAAUAUAGCGGUCAUUGAUGGUAAAGGGCGGCGGCGGCUCGGUGGUAGCGAGAAACUGAAGCCCGGCUCAGCGACCAGUCAGACAAUGUCCACCGCACAAAACCGAAGGGUACCAGGCCUUGCAUCGUCCAACAGUGCUAGUGGCAGCGGAUAUCUACUGUGGAAAGAUGUCUGGGCCGAGAGCACUGACGCCGUCAUGGAUAUACCCGUCGGAGGCGUAUGUGAAGUACUGUAUGGUCGGGAUAGGGAAGAAGACCCUAGUAUUAGUGUCCACUCAGAAGAAUAUGAAUCGGUGCAUGAUUCUUGGCGCAGGCGCUUCCGUGAGGAUCUGUCGCUGUUCGACGAUUCUUCGAGGUAUCGUGCUGCUCAAUACUCAUCGCCUAUCACCGAUGUUGGACGUUCCUGGUAG